CUUGUAAAGAAUCCAACAUUAAAUGUCAACGUGUUUUACCAAAAACAAAAGAGGAAUUUGCUGUAUUGGAAAAAUUUGGACUUACAUACAUUUCUGGUCAAUAUGAAGCUACUGAUUUAGGAAAAUUAUAUGAACAAGCAUAUUUCCAAUUCGAAAAACGCCAAACUAUAACCUCUAAUCGUGAAUACUCUCAAAAGACAUGGAAUCACAAACGUAUUCUUGCUCGUUGGAAAGCUUCAGAAUUAACGAGUGUUGAAAAUGGACCUUGGGAAUUUGGAAAUUAUCGUUACUUAGGAACUUCUUCCGAAUUAAAAAAAAGUGACGACACAUUAAAUGAAAAGAGAUUAGAGGAUAUUGAGAGAAUCAAUCAUAUUAUCGAAAAUAAUCUUACAAUAAAUGAUAUAUUAGAGAACAAAAAGGAUUUAUUACCGAGAUCGUGGCUUAGGAGUUUGAAAGAUUUAGAAUAUAUGAUCAAAAAAGAAAAAGAAAUUAGAGAAGUAAAUAUUAAAAGAUUCUGGCGUCUGUGCUAUAUUUAUUUAUUUGGGCUUGGCGGCUCUGGAAAAUCUGGAUUAAUACAAGAAUUAUUUGGCGAUUGUCUGUAUUCAAAACCUCAGAAACAAAAAUCUGGUUCAAAUUGGUUCGACGGACAAUUGGAUG